GUCGUCUCUAAAAGUCUCAAAUCUCAAGUUUCAAGCUUUUGACUUACGUAKUUACGUUUUAAUUUUUAAUACUUUUUUAAUAUUGUUUCCUGUGUUUAGUGUAUUUAAAAUGUUUACAUUUGUAUGUGAUCAACCAGCAAAUCGUUAUGUAUGAAUCUAACAACUUUUUCCUAAAAUCUUUUAAAACUUAAGUCAAUCGUAUAUUUAAAUAAAUAUAAACUAAUGCAUACUAAAAUGAAUUAUUCAUCAUUUUUAAACCUAAUCGUCUUGCAGUGUUUGUUGUUUAACUGUUAAGGGUCUUGUAGCCUACCAAUUAGUAGUCAGUUUAUUUUUGUAGAUUUUUUUUUUUUAUAUCAACUUAAUCUAGUCCAAGUAGGUCGAUAUGGCUAUUCAACAGAAGUAUAGAAGAGAAGAAGUUAGUGAAGUUAGUUGUUGCCUAAAGUACAUCAUAUUCAGUUUUAAUGUAUUAUUUUGGAUGUUUGGUUUAUCUGUGAUGGCAGUAGGCGUUUGGGCAUGGACAGAAAAAAAUGCAUUUAAUAACCUCAGUAAACUCACUCAUAUAGCACUUGAUCCAGCUUUUGCUUUAAUUUUAAUCGGUGGAAUAACAUUUAUAAUAGGUUUCACGGGUUGCAUUGGAGCAUUACGUGAAAACACAUGUUUACUUGGGAGUUAUGCGGUUCUUUUAGCUGUCAUUUUGGUACUUGAGUUAACUGCUGGAGUGUUAACUUUUGUUUUUAAAGAUUCUAUUAAAUCACAAGCCACUGAAGGACUUCAAACAUUCAUUGUUCAUUAUAGAGAAGACCCUGAUCAGCAGAAUCUUAUUGACUGGAUACAGGAAGACUGGUUACAAUGUUGUGGAAUCAAAGGUCCUGAAGAUUGGGAUUUGAACAAUUAUUUUAACUGCUCUUCACAAAAAGUUGGCAGUCGAGAAGCAUGUGGAGUACCUUUUUCUUGCUGCAAACGUAAACUAAAUGAAAUAGUUGAAAACAAACAGUGUGGAUAUGACGUGAGGAAAGAAGGAUUUUAUGCUGAAAAAUGGACAAGCUUAAAUUUACCAACGCAAACAGGUGAAAGAAAUAUAUAUGAAAGAGGUUGCAUGCGGGCUGCUGAGGAGUGGGUUGAGGAUAAUUUUAUUGGAGUCUUAACAACAGUUAUGACUGUCACCAUAUUACAGACCGACGAUGUCGGAAAACGAGUGGACCUCAUCAUUAAUGAAAAAGGAUGUUUGCAAUCUGGAGAAGAAUGGCUAGAAAGAAAUAUGCUUUUUAUAGCUACUGUAUGCCUUAUAUCGGCUUUUUGUAAGAUUUUAGGCAUAUGCUUUGCUCAAAAUCUACGUGCUGACAUAUUUGCGCAAAAAGGCAAGUGGCACUAGAUGGAAUUCUUAAGAAAUGAACAAACCAGAUUAUAAAUACAUAUACUUUUUUAAGAGGUUUUUAGCCUAAUCAAUAUUUUCAUAUCAAAAAUAGUGAUAAAAAGAUUGUAAUCCAACUUUAGUGAUUAAUUGGACAUGCUUCUAUGCAUUUUUUUAUCCAAUUUUUAGGUUCUCGAUUAAGUUUGGUUUGCAAUUUUCAUAAAAAUGUAUCAUUAAUACCCUAUUAUACAUCCCACGUGUCAUAACUAUAUUUGUUUGUCACUUAAUAUUAUUUUUUUUAACAAAAACCAGUUAUAUUAAUAUGUAUUUAAAUUURAAUUCUCUCGAAAAAUAUUUCAAAAAAUUUUAAGUUUACGAYUUAAUUCAAAUGACCUAUAAUUUAAACGCACAGUUAUGGUUUUCAUUUUCAUAUUUAAAAUUAUAUUUCAUUCUUCCUCAUAAAAAUAUUCCUUGGUUAUCUAUUCUAAUUUUUAUAAUGUUCUAAGUUAGCUUACGCAGUAAACCAAAAUUAAAACUCUUGUUAUAUCUGUACUAUGUUUCUUUAGGUAUACCAAACUUAGAUCUCUUAAAACAUUUUUAUUGUAAAACAAUUUUAUUUUUAUUUUGCUCAAAAUAUCUCAAAGUAUUAUUUUUCAAAUGGUUAUGUAACUUGUAUAAGAUAUGUGCCAAACAAAGUGUAGUAUUAAUAUGCAGUUUAUUUUCAAUGUAUUUUACUUAGUUAAGUUCCUACUAGUACUAUUUACAUAAUCUAAAAUUUAAUUAUGCUUAAUUUCACAAKUAUACUAAUAAAUAAUAAUAAUUUAACAGUAUUUACAUGUAUUACUAACUUAACUAACAAAUUUAACCUAUACAUUCCAUGAUAUUAUUUACUUUUGUUUGURAAAAAAUUCAAAAAUAUUAUUACAAAGAAUAAAUGAUCUGUAGUUUUUUAA